AUGACAUCUCUGGUAGUGACGGCGACAACUUCAGUGGAGGUGGCAGAGUCGUCGACUGCGAGUACGACGGAGACGGUGGUGGCAGCGACGGCAUCAACGGCUGAGGUAAUUGCGGUGCCACCGUCGUUUGUGUCGGCGGCUUCCAUUUUGCCACUGGAGCCUGAGACCACCGAGAUCGUGGCCAUCUCCCAGCAGAUCCGUCGUGCUCUGGAAUGUCCAGUAUGUCUGACCAUGAUGUCUGUCAUGUCGUGCUUCUGCCCCAAUGGGCACGCAAUCUGCCAGUCGUGCAUGCAGACGCUGUUGAACACCAGCAUUACCAAUACCCUGUGCCCGCUGUGCCGGACGUCGAUGGCGCAGUCUGCGAGCAUGUCGGCCAUGGUCAUUAAACUAGCUGAGGCGAUCCCGUUGGUGAAAGUGGCGUGCUCAAACUGGUCUUUUGGGUGCCCCGAUCUGGUUCCCGUUCAACACGUUAACGAACACGAGUCUGUUUGUCGGUACGUGCCAGAUGUACCAUGUCUGGUACAUGUGUGUCAGUGGGUCGGCAUGUACGAACAGUUAUACGAACACGGGUUCAACGUGCACCCCGGUGUCACCGUUGAGUCUUCGACAAACCUGCUGAACGUGACCGACCUCCAAACAAUUACAAGGAACCAGCGCCGGACGUACCUGGUCCGUUCGGCGUAUGGCAUGAUGUGGGUGCUGGUGUCACGGCAGACGCAGUCGCGGAUACAGACAGGACUGUUCAUAGUGAAGAGCCCACAGGACAGCCAACACUCGAUAUCGAACCUCGACCAAUAUCGAGCUAACCCACGACAACCGGAAUUAUUGUACCGGGUCACGUGGUUCGACGGCAACGGCCGUACCCGGACCAAGAGCAGGACGAAGCAGGUCUUCUGGAGUACAGCCCUGAAGGAGGGCUGCCACACCGCGGGAUUUCCCAACGCAUACUCCAUGUUCCGGUCCAGGUCCGGUCGCAUGGAGAUCAGUUGGUUCCGUCGGUACGAUAGCAACAGCCAGUUCCGAAACCAUCCCUCCUCGACUUAA